CCAUUUUUUUAGUAUUUCCUUUUUAUGUAUUUCCUUUUUAAUAGGAUUUGCUUUCUUCUUUUUAUAUUACUGAGAUUGUUUCUUUUGGCCUUAUAAUUCUCUUUCACUCGUUCGACGAGAAAAAUCAAAAUCAAGAGAAGAAAAAAGAUAAUCUCUAAAGGGUUCGAUUUGCCUCGCAAUGUCUGGAGAAGAAGAAGAGAACGCCGCCGAGCUCAAGAUCGGAGACGAGUUUUUGAAGGCGAAGUGCUUAAUGAACUGUGAAGUGUCUUUGAUCCUUGAGCACAAGUACGAGCAGCUGCAGCAAGUCUCUGAGGAUCCUAUGAAUCAAGUUUCUCAAGUGUUUGAGAAGUCCUUGCAGUAUGUGAAGCGAUUUAGCCGCUACAAGAAUCCAGAUGCUGUUCGACAAGUUCGAGAAAUCUUGAGUAGACAUCAACUCACUGAGUUUGAGCUUUGCGUUCUUGGCAAUCUAUGUCCCGAAACUGCUGAAGAAGCUGUGGCUAUGGUUCCUUCUCUCAAGACAAAAGGAAGAGCUCACAGUGAUGAAGCAAUUGAGAAGAUGCUCAAUGAUCUCUCCCUUGUCAAGAGAUUUGAGUAGUUCAUAAAAAUUCUCAAGAUCUAAGAUUAUGAACCGAUUAGUAGUAUUUCAGGGUGUCGUAUUCGCCUUUAAGCUGAUGAUGUCUUGAGUUAAUUUUCCAAUGUCUGAAAUUAUGACACUCUCAUGGCCAUAAUCUCUGGAACGAUACCCUUCAUGUUUAAUGAAUGUAGUUUACAAUGGAUGAUCCAAGCUUGCAAUGAAAUAUACAUCUUUUUACUUA